UGCGGGUGCGGCGCGGGCGCGCGCGGUGCAGGGGGCGGGGGCGGGCUCGGUGCCCUCCUCCCCGGCUCUCUGGCUCGCCAACUCCGGGCGGCGGCGGCGGCGGCGGCGGGCAGCAUGCUGAGCCUCCUCGUCUGGAUCCUCACGCUCUCGGACACUUUCUCCCAAGGCACCCAGACCCGCUUCAGCCAGGAGCCAGCCGACCAGACCGUGGUGGCGGGGCAGCGGGCCGUGCUCCCCUGUGUGCUGCUCAACUACUCGGGGAUUGUGCAGUGGACCAAGGAUGGGCUGGCACUGGGCAUGGGCCAGGGCCUCAAAGCCUGGCCGAGGUACCGGGUGGUGGGUUCCGCGGACGCCGGGCAGUACAACCUGGAGAUCACGGACGCCGAACUCUCCGACGACGCCUCCUACGAGUGCCAGGCCACGGAGGCCGCCCUGCGCUCCCGGAGGGCCAAGCUCACCGUGCUCAUCCCCCCAGAGGACACCAAGAUUGACGGCGGCCCUGUGAUCCUGCUGCAGGCAGGCACCCCGCACAACCUCACGUGCCGAGCCUUCAACGCCAAACCCGCUGCCACCAUCAUCUGGUUCCGGGAUGGGACACAGCAGGAGGGUGCUGUGGCGAGCACGGAGCUGCUGAAGGAUGGAAAGCGAGAGAACACGGUCAGCCAGCUGCUCAUCAACCCCACAGACCUGGACAUCGGCCGUGUCUUCACCUGCCGCAGCGUGAACGAGGCCAUCCCGAGCGGCAAGGAGACCUCCAUAGAGCUGGACGUGCACCAUCCUCCGACGGUGACCUUGUCCAUUGAGCCACAGACAGUCCAGGAGGGCGAGCAUGUCGUCUUCACGUGCCAGGCCACUGCCAACCCCGAGAUCCUGGGCUACAGGUGGGCUAAGGGGGGCUUCGUGAUCGAAGAUGCCCAUGAGAGUCGCUAUGAGACGAACGUGGACUAUUCCUUCUUUACGGAGCCCGUGUCCUGCGAAGUGCACAACGAAGUGGGGAGUACCAAUGUCAGCACGUUAGUGAACGUCCACUUUGCUCCCCGGAUCGUAGUUGACCCCAAGCCGACGACCACAGACAUAGGCUCUGAUGUGACCCUCACGUGUGUGUGGGUUGGGAACCCCCCUCUCACCCUCACCUGGACCAAAAAGGACUCAAACAUGGGGCCCAGGCCUCCUGGCUCCCCACCCGAGGCUGCUCUCUCUGCCCAGGUCCUGAGUAAUAGCAACCAGCUGCUGCUGAAGUCGGUGACGCAGGCCGAUGCGGGCACUUACACCUGCCGCGCCAUCGUCCCUCGCAUCGGGGUGGCCGAGCGGGAGGUGCCGCUUUACGUGAACGGGCCCCCCAUUAUCUCCAGCGAGGCGGUGCAGUAUGCCGUGAGGGGCGAUGGCGGCAAGGUGGAGUGCUUCAUCGGGAGCACGCCCCCUCCGGACCGCAUUGCCUGGGCAUGGAAGGAGAACUUCCUGGAGGUGGGGACCCUGGAGCGCUACACGGUGGAAAGGACCAACUCGGGCAGCGGGGUACUGUCCACGCUCACCAUCAAUAAUGUCAUGGAAGCCGACUUCCAGACCCACUACAACUGCACCGCCUGGAACAGCUUCGGGCCAGGCACGGCCAUCAUCCAGCUGGAGGAGCGAGAGGUGCUUCCUGUGGGUAUCAUCGCUGGGGCCACCAUUGGGGCCGGCAUCCUGCUCAUCUUCUUCUUCAUCGCCCUGGUGUUCUUCCUCUACCGGCGCCGCAAAGGCAGUCGCAAGGACGUGACGCUGAGAAAGCUGGACAUCAAGGUGGAGACGGUGAACCGGGAGCCACUGACCAUGCAUUCUGACCGCGAGGACGACACGGCCAGUGUGUCCACGGCCACCAGGGUCAUGAAGGCCAUCUACUCGUCCUUCAAGGACGAUGUGGACCUGAAGCAGGACCUGCGCUGUGACACCAUCGACACCCGGGAGGAGUACGAGAUGAAGGACCCCACCAACGGCUACUACAACGUGCGUGCCCACGAGGACCGCCCAUCAUCCAGGGCCGUGCUGUACGCAGACUACCGUGCCCCGGGCCCCACCCGCUUCGACGGCCGGCCCUCUUCCCGCCUCUCCCACUCCAGCGGCUACGCACAGCUCAACACCUACAGCCGCGCCCCCGCCUCCGACUACGGCCCAGAGCCCGCGCCCCCUGGGCCCGCCGCCCCGGCGGGCACCGACUCGGCCAGCCAGCUGUCCUACGAGACCUAUGAGAAGUUCAACUCGCACCCGUUUCCCGGGGCGGCGGGGUACCCCACCUACCGGCUGGGCUACCCCCAGGCACCGCCCUCCGGUCUGGAGCGGACCCCGUAUGAAGCGUAUGACCCCAUUGGCAAGUACGCCACGGCCACUCGCUUCUCCUACACCUCCCAGCACUCGGACUACGGGCAGAGGUUCCAGCAGCGCAUGCAGACUCACGUGUAGAGCUGGGCCAGGCAUCUCUGCGGGCAGAGGAGAAGGCUCUCGGCGUUCCCUGAUAUUCAGGGGUGUUGCUCAUUGCCCCAGCCCCGGCCCGCUUCCCCCCUGCCACCGCAGGUGGGGGCAGGUCCCCUGGAAACACCCCGUUGCGUGGAUGGUGCUGUGCGCGUGCCCGCCCCCCGGGCCUGCCUGCCGGGCCCCCCUUCAGGAGGGGCCUCUGCCCUGACCUCCCCACCCGCCCCUGCGCUCUCUCGGGACAGCGGAGGCCAAGGAGAGCAGAGGGGCCAUUUUAUAGCAUUCUUUCUACCCGGCCCCUCUGGUCUCCGGCUCGUGGACUUGGGGGGUUGUGGGCUCGGGGACAAGCCACGCAGCCCAGCUGUCCUCAUGGCCCUUCGCCUUGAAGGCCUGAGUGUGUGUCUCCCGUCCAGGGGCUGCAGAAGGGCUGCUGCUGGCUUUAUGGGAGGGCAUCACCCCAGCCGUCCAGUUGGACCCUUGUCCGUCACCUGCAGGAGACUCAGGCCUGCCUGCAGUACCACUGCCCCCUCCCUCUCCCCUCCGUGCUGCACCCCCCCAACUUAGGGGCUAUGGGGGGCAGAGGUCAGCGAGGUCCCAUUCACCAGCAAGACAGCCCUGGCUGCCGCAUAUUCCAGGUCAGAGGGCGCCCGCCCACAUUUCCUGUCCUCUUCAAUGCGUUCCUGUCACCGCCUCACUCCAGCCUGCCCGGGGUGACAUGGGACGAAGGUGGGGGUGCUACAGGCUAUUUUUCAAAGAUAAUAAAUAGCAAUGAAAACCUCAUGGCGGGGGCAGGGGGGAGCUGUAGGGACUCCCCCACCACCCGAAUACAAGUUCCGGUGUAAAGGAACGGGACCCUGGUCUUCUCCCCGCACCUCCCCCUCCACUCUGCAUUAUUCUUCUGUCCCCGAGCACUUGUCAGUCCAUUGGUGAGCAUUCAGGUGGUGAGACUCGUCAGCUGGCGGGCUCUGAGGAGCUUCAGGAUGGGGUCUGGCACUCGGACGCUGCCCUCCUACCUGGGCUGGGUGGAGAAGCUGCCUUCCAGGCUUGCCUCUAGACGGGAUUGGGCUUGUUGUGUCUUUAAGUUAUGGACCAAUCACAUUUCUCCUCAACUUUCAGUGCCUUGAGUGUCCAGCUUGGGUUGACCGGCCCUGUGUGGGGCAGUGGUGCAGGGACUGGGUCCUCGUGAGCCCCAGACCUGUUUGUGAGUUUUGCGGAGUUUAGGGGUCCGGUGAGUCAGGAGGCCUGGAGAGAAGAGCUGACCGGGCGAGGUGGCACAGAGGGCACUGCGGGUUGCCUUCCCCGCCCCCAUCCCGCACACUUGCCUGCACACAUGCAUUCCAUGUGGUCCUUCUCUGCUUCUGGCUCUCACCCAAAGAGAAGUCCCCCACCCCCAGCGGCCUGGGAGCUUCUUCCCAAGAGGCAGCUCUUUCCAGGUCUGCGGGGUCUGGGACUGCCUCUUUACCCUUCCCCUGACCAUCUCUGCCAGUGGGAAUCCACCGCCCCCCCACCCCAGCCCUGUAAUUCCCAGAAUGUGCUUUGCCCUUCCUUGUGGUCACCGUUUAUUAGUCAUGUUCACGUUAAUGAGUUACAUGCUUGUCAGCCACGGACCAUCACCACUGUCGCAGAUGAGCCUAUGGGGUGACAUUCCCAGCCUCCCUCAGCAAAAGGCCUGCUAAUAUCCAGGAAGAAAGUCACUCCAGCUCCAGCCUCGUGGCCCUGUAACUCAAAGGGAAACGCCGGUGGGCACCCCCUCCCCAGCUGGGCGCCAGACUUUCCCAUGCAUUUCACCCCUGGGAGCUGAUACCUUCCAAGCCCUUUCACAGGAGCUCAAGGAGAAGGCCUCUUAAGGACGCAGGUUUCUGUGCACAUGAAGUCAAGCAUAGUUUGGUGAUUUUCACAGAAACCUGAGGUCUUGGGAAAUCCAAGCAGCCUAAAGGUGGUUGCUUUCCAAGAAGGAACAUAUCCCAGCCAUUCCUUGUUGAGACUUUGGGGUUUCCUCUGGGUUUGAAGGUGGGGCCCAUUCUAUUGAAUCAGAGGAGAGGAGGGGCCUUGAGGCCUCUGGGCAGGUGAGCAGGACCCAGGGAUUUUUAGGAACCGAAUCCAGAGCCACUUCUCUGUUCUUUACCCCUCGAUGUGCCUCCUCAGGGGUCCCGGGUGGUGCACAGACUGGGCAGAGGGAUUCAUCCACAUCUUGCCUUGCAUCCCAAUCCAAAUCUGAAUUUGGACCUGCCCAUUAGGCCAAAGAGAAUCACUUUUCUGGCACAGGAAAAUUUGCCCUUGGACACAAAGCAAGGCAAAAGGCCCUCCAGCAGGUGCCUCGGUGCUGGCCUGGCCCGCUGCAGUCAUCUUUAUUGCCCUUGAUGUUCCUUCUUGUUCCGGUAGAUUCAGGUGCCCAUUACCAAGUCAUCUUGACCUAAUCCCCUUGUUCCCAGUCCUCUGGCCUGUGAAACAAAGGGGAGGAGUGACACAUCUCUGGAAUUCACCUGUUCUUGCUGCAUUUGUUGGCCAUGGACGGGACUCCUGCCAUCCCCAAGGAGCAGUUGGGGACAUAAGCAAGUCGAGUGAAGGGUGGGGAAAUUCAAAGGUUCCCAUCUCUUCAGAGAGACUCGUCAUGAUCUUGGUCAUCCUUGCAAAAGUCAAAGUGACUUUUUCCCUAGAAAUCCCUGGGUGUCAAGACAGCCACUAGAAGCAUGUCGCCACGAAGUUACUCUCUGGGGUGGAAGGUGGGGAGUCCUGGGUCACUGCUCCCCAUUCAGAAUUCGAAUCAGUUUACAAGUGUGCCUGUGUCGGGGCUGGGUACCAUCUCGUUUCUGGCUGGGGAUGGGACUGGAGCAGCAGCUGUCUUCUGCCCUGACCCUCCAGAUCAUGUCCCUGGUCCUGGGACAGAGCGAGGCCCGCUGGCCAAGCAAGCGCAGGCUGUAAGCUAAGACUGCCCAACUGCAGUGCGGGCCAAGGCAACUGCUUCUGACAGGGCAGGUCAGAACAGGGGACUAUAAGGCACAGAGGCGCAGCUCUUCCAGCAAUUUCUGGGGUUUGGAGAGGUUGUUGUGGUGCUGGGUGAAGAGUCAGUGUAUGAGUCUCAAGCCUGGCCAGAAUCCUACUUGAAUCCAGCCAGACAGACUGCAUGGAAAUAAAAACCCUCGUGCGACCGUAGGAAGAUGGAGUAGAGCAGCUCCGUGCCACACUAACUCCUGGCUUGGGACGUGGGCCCUUGUCACUUGCCAACAGCCCUCUACCUGGAGCCACAGUCAGCCCUGGCUCCUUCCCAUGAAACGGAUCGUGUGCAGAGGCCUGGGCAGGAGGGCUUCGCAGUGGCAGGCGUUCGUGCGGGAAGACCUCUCUGUCCUGUCCCCAGACCACUCCAGCCUCUGACCGCUCCACCGUUCAGUGCUGAGUGGCCUGUGCCAAGGCACAACUCUGCUUCAGUGGGCCCUUCCUCAGCCAGGAGUCGCUAGGCAGUUAGUGAUGCUCCCCAGCGUGGUGGGACCAAACCAAGAGAUGUCAUUGGAAAGGCAUUUAUUUUUGUGGAGAGAUUUAUAAUGUGUUUAAAUAGCCCGUUCCCUUCUCCCUUCCUUCCCCUCUUCCCAGGGGAUCCUUCUGAAAGGCCUGGCUUCAGCUGGAUUCGCCUGUUCCCGCUAUUUCACCUCUGGGGAUGGGGGGAGAUGUGAGGCUGGAGAGAAUUCUGAAUUUGGGAGAUGGGGCGGGGGAACCGGCUCCCCUCCUCUCUUCCCCGUUACUUUCUUUGCAUCACUGUGAAGGAGCUUCAGGCCCUGGCGCUGGAGAAAAUUUUACUGUGCAGAAGUCACAGGUCAUAACUGGGCAGUUCUGGUACAAGCCUGGCCCCCCAAAUUACCCCCAUUGACAUGGAGCGAGCUCAUUCCCACGGACUCUUCCAUGUACUUUUGGAACUGUUCAAAUGCUGCCCAGGGAACUUCCCUAGCCGGGAACAGAGCAGCCAAGUUGCCAGUACAAUCCUGCUCUCACCUCGGUCUCGUUAGCAAUAGUGACCCAGAGAUGUGACCGCCUCCAGUUUUACCACAGCGAGGCCCAGGGCUCCCCCUUCCCCGUCAUCCUUUCUACCUUACUGUUCUUGGAAUUACAACCUCUGUUUCUGGCUCCAGUUGAAUUUUCUCCACCUAAACCCCAGUAAUAAAUGGGUCCAUGAUGAUAAUUACGAAAAAAAAUAUUAUUUUUGUUAGACAAACCAUCAUAGAUUUUUAGCAAUGUGUAGCCACGUGUCCCUCACACCUUUUCCUAUUCUGCCUUUUUUCAUUUUCCUUUUUUUUAAAUAUUAUGUACUAUAUUUUUAGUCUCAAGCACACUAUAUAUUAUAUAUAUUUAAUUUUUUUAUAUAUAAAUAUAAAUGUUUUAAAAAGUA